GUGUAUUAAAGGGUUAGUAGUAUAGGGGAGAUGCUGCCCUUCCGGCCGUUUUGUCAGCUGGUGGUCCACCCUGCCUCCUGUGAACCUGGGGGAGAGAUGAGGGGAGGCGUGGGGAGAGGGAAAGGGCGAACGGAGAAACACAGAGAGGAGAGAGAGAGAAGAACUUGCUCGCCGGCUCCCAGACGCGCUGUCGCCCGGUCCUCAACUGCUCCUCCAUCCUCUGGUGGACGCCAGCUCGCUCCUCCCCUUCUCGGCAGACGGCCGUGGUUCCUCCAGCUCUCGGCAGCCGACAGCGACCCCUCCAUCCCAAGGCAGACGGCCGCGGCUGGUUCCCUGGUGGAUGGCAGCGGCGAGGACUCCGCGACAGCGCAUCCCUCCUCCCUCCUGGGUUUCGGCACCACUGUAACAGGGCUGUGAGGGUUUCCAGAUGGAUGUAUGCGGUGUGUGUGCAGGAGAUGGGAGCUCAUGUGAGCUGUUCAGUGGGACCCUCUUUCUUUCUUUGCUCUCUGUUGGCUACCACAAGAUCCUGGACAUCCCCAUUGGAGCUCAAAGAAUAAAACUACAGGAAACACAGAAGACACGGAACUAUUUAGCUCUCAGGACAGCAACUGGUAAAGCCGUGAUAAAUGGUGACUGGGUGAUUGACAGGCCAGGACAGUUCUACUCUGCAGGUACUGAAUUCACAUACAAACGGCCCAAUGAGAUCCGCAGCAGAACAGGGGAAUCCAUCACUGCCCCUGGUCCAACCAAUCAGGAGCUUCAUUUGUUUGUCUUAUAUCAACAGCCCAGUCCAACUGUGUUUUAUGAGUACAUUCUACCCAGAGACCCCACAAUCAUCACACAUUCAGAUACAUAUUCUGUCUCUAGUGUACUUCCCCAUGUAGAAAGCCAUGGGCUGUUUGCUGGCCAUGAGAUUAGUAACACUAAAAACUCAACUGGCGACCUUCACCCUAACCAAGUUCCAUUGGACCCUAUGACAUCUGAGCCCCUUCCUCUGUACAGUUGGGUGGCCAUGACAGAAACUCCCUGCAGUGUUACAUGUGGAACAGGCAUUCGUCAGGUUCUGUACAGCUGUAUAGAAAGGGCCACUCAAACUACUGUACCAGGGGAUCUCUGCAGCCAUACACACCAUCCCGGCCCCCAGGUAGAAGACUGUCAAUCGCUGCCUUGCCCAGCCUUCUGGGAUGUUGGGGAGUGGUCUGAGUGCAGUAAAACCUGUGGUCCAGGUUUCCAGUAUCGUCAGGUGAUUUGCCGGCAGACGCAGGGACACCAUGUCAAUAGCACAGUCAUCGUGGCGACCAGCCUCUGUGAUAACACAGAGAUGCUAGAGACGACCACCGUGUGCCAGCUGAAGAUCUGCAGUGAGUGGCAGAUUCGCUCGGAGUGGACAGAGUGCUCAGUGCCAUGUGGAGUAGGUCAGCGCAGUAGAGAAGUUGUGUGUAUGGAUAACCUGGGUGAUGUUGUUUCUGAUGAGGAAUGCAACAUGGCCCUUCGCCCACAGGACCUGCAGAACUGUGACAAAGGAGUGUGUGCCAGCAGCUGGUUCUUCUCUCUCUGGAGUGAUAGGUGCUCUGCAGACUGUGCAGAAGGUAGUCGCAGUAGGUCAGUAGUGUGUAUGAUGAGUCAGACCAACUCUCUGCCACUGGAUAACUGUAAAGAUAAGGAGAAACCAGACGAGCUCACGCCGUGUGACCUGGGACCCUGCACAGAUCAACUGGAAUGGUACACAGGACCAUGGGGACAGUGCUCAUCUGAAUGUGGCAAUGGAACUCAGAGUCGGGGUGUGGUGUGUGUUCUCCAAAGCAAUGGCCAGUUAGAAGUCAACUCAGAUGAUACAUGCUCUCAUCUGCCCCGCCCUACAAAUACACAGACCUGCCAUUUGAAAAGCUGUGGUGCACAGUGGUACAUGACAGCUUGGAGCUCAUGUUCUCGAUCUUGUGAGGGAGGCUUUCGAGUGAGGGAGGUACGUUGCUUGCGAGAUGACCAGACCAUUAGUAAUGACUGUGACCUUGCCAUUGAACCCGUCAGACAAGAGGAGUGUAAUACACACACCUGCAUGCCACAUAUUGAUGAAUCCUGCAAGGACAUGUAUUAUAACUGUGUGGUGGUGGUCCAGUCCCGUUUAUGUGUGUACUCGUACUAUCGCACCACAUGUUGUGCAUCAUGCUCUCGGGUCAUUCAUAGAGACACGCUCGGUAGAAUCAGGUGAUCCAGUGGCAUAUGACAUUACUGCCUCCUUCUUCCUGAACUGUGAUGUCCUUGUCUCUUUGAAGUCAUGACAUCAUUCCCCACCUGUUUUCAGCUGGAUCUGACCCUGAGAUGUCAUCACUGCUCACCUCCUCUGUCUUUCAUUUAAAAAGACUUAAAAAGCAAAGAACACUUGUACGCAUUCACUGCCCCUCCUUUAUAAAAUACAAAGUCAGAAUGCUCCAUGAGCAAUUUUAUAUUUAUUGCAAAUAAAAACUGAGCCUCUUUUAUUUUAUUUAUCAUGUUCAGCAUCUGUCUAAUAAUA